CAAGUCACUUCUUAGCAACCAGGGACCCUAGCCGGGCGACCCUCUUCCUGGUCUGGGGGCCGGGCCUGGCUGGGUCAGGGCACCCUUGAUGGGCAGGCCGAAUCUCACAAGUUCCUCCCCCAGCCCAGGCCUUGCUCGGGGCCAAAGAGGGUCCUGGAGAAAGAACCUGCAGGCUCUGRGCAAGGCAGUUUCGUCCUCAGCCCCUCACCCUGCCCAAGCCGGGUCUGUAGUUGCAAAAGACAGGUGUCGGGUUACAGCUGGGGCUAUAGUUAGCCGCAGAGACUUUGUUUAGCAGUUGGGGGACAGCGCUGCGCCUGCAGGAACUUUAGCCCCUUCUGGGUUCCUUCCCGCUUUCUGCCUCCACAACCUCCAGGCCCGCCCUUAGCCCCGCCCUCGUCCCACCUGGACCGCAGUCCACCCAAGGGACCCCUCACGCUGCGAGAGAGGAAGAGUGCUGGAGUCCAUCAAAGCCAGGACUCCAACGCYGUGAGCCUCAUCUGGCUCCGGCAUGAUGCUGGCGGCUCUGCUGAUCACCCUCAGCUACCUGGGCUUCAAUACCUUCUUCCGGCAGGCCUAUGCUGUUCCUAUUCUGCCCCUGGGCCUGGCUCCAGACACCUUCGAUGAUGCCUAUGUGGGUUGCUUAGAGGAGAUGGAGGAGAAGGCAGCCCUCCUGCUAAAGGAGGAGAUGGCUCAUCACACCCUGCUGCGGGAAUCUUGGGAGGCAGCCCAGAAGGCCUGGGAACAUCGUCGUCAAGGGCUCACUCUGCCCCUUGGCUUCAAAGCCCAGCAUGGAAUAGCCAUUAUGGUCUACACCAACUCAUCUAAUACUUUGUACUGGGAGCUGAAUCAGGCCGUGCGGAUGGGCGGUGUCUCCCGUGAAUACUACAUGAGACACUUCCCCUUCAAAGCCCUGCAUUUCUACCUAACCAGAGCCCUGCAGCUUCUGCGGAGCCAUGGAGSCUGCAGUAGAGGACCUGGGGAGGUGGUGUUUAGAGGCGUGAGCAGCCUUCGGUUUGAACCCAAGAGGUUGGGAGAUUCUGUCCGCUUAGGCCAGUUUGCCUCCAGUUCCCUGGAUGAGUCAAUAGCCCGCAGGUUUGGUAAUGCCACCUUCUUCUCUCUAAGGACUUGUUUUGGGGCUCGUAUUCAGGCCCUAUCUGUCUUCCCUGAAGAACGUGAGGUGCUGAUUCCCCCCCAUGAAGUCUUCUUGGUCACUGGGUUCUCCCAGGAUGGACCCCGGAACCUAGUGACUCUCUGGAGCUAUGAUCGGACCUGCAGCCACUUUAACUGCGCAUUUUUGGGUGGGGAGAAGAGGCGGCGAUGUGUGCCUGGACCAGAAGUAGAGCAGCCAGAGUCUCCUUCCAAGGGGAACUUUUCUACUUUCCUAGAAAAUCCCACUCUUGGCUCCUGGGAGGUUCCAGUUCUCAAGAGCUGGGUCCUGAAAGUCCAACACCUGCCACUUAGGAAUCCUGGGAACUGGUGACCUUCAUAUGAAGAAGGGGGCUUCAAAUAGCCUUGAGAAGCAAGACCAUGGUUCUGGAUCCACCUCCAGCAGCCAUCUUCCAAAAGGGUGUGGGGAGACCUUAGGCCAUUGCAGCGUUGAGGGAAGCACACUAUCUGGUGGGGACUUCCUUGGACAAGCAAGGAAAAUACUAUGAUGGCGCCUCAAUUAAAUGGUGUCGCAGCAUGGAGGCAUGGAAUUAUAUGAUUGGUUUAUUCCAUGAGACUGGACCAUCUGCCCUUGCCAGGAUCAGGGCCUGA